AGUAGUUUUAUUACUGCUGUUGUCUAAAUCAACCCUCUCUCUUUUACUCGUUUCCAGCUUCCAGACGUGGUGCUGAUCAAAGACGAAGACUCCGACAGUAACGACGUCUUCGAGGACGAUAAACCAUCAGCGGCGGCUGCAGCCAGAGAGUGCGUCAUGUCGACGCCCAUCAGCCGGAGCUCAAAGAGACACUGGCCGGGAGCCGAAGACGCCGACGCCGACAGGAAGUCGUCCUCGGAGCCGCUCACGCCGAUAGCGGAGAAGAAGAGCGUCACCGUCUACAGCCUGGACUCUCCUCGCAGCGAGCCGGGCUUCUCCGGACGGCUCGGCGGCGGCGACGGAGACGAGAUGGAGGCCGGCGACUCGGUUUGUUCCUACUCGUCGUCCUCACACAUGGACCCGGACGUCCAGCUGGUCCACCAGAGCUCCAGCUCCAGCAGACAGACGUAUUUCUGCAGCAGCUCUCUGACGGAGUCUCCUGCUAACAGAGAGCUGGAUCUCAGCCUCACGUGGACCAAACCGUCCAAGAGCCACGCCGCUUUCUCUCAGUUUCACCACCAAAACGAAAACCUGGACGGCGACGCCUUCGGGCUCAAGAUGAUCAGCGUCACGGGUUCGAUCCCCACGGACUGCCAGCUGUCGGAGAGCAGCAACUCGGCGUUUGAAUACGACGACAACGGCGAAGUGAUGAACUUCGCGCACUACAGAGAUCAACACGGCGCCCGAGUGAAGCGCUUCGUGUGCCCCGUCUGCUCCAAGACGUACGCCACCUCACAGAACCUGGAGGUGCACAUGCGGAUCCACACGGGCGAGAGGCCGUUCUGCUGCAGCCAGUGCGGCAAGAAGUUCACCCAGUCGGCUCACCUGAAGUCGCACCUGAGCGUCCACUCGGGAGAGCGGCCGUACACCUGCUCGCUCUGCUCCAGGAGCUUCAUCGUCAAAUACAGCCUCAAGCUACACAUGAAGAAAUGUCACGACAGCGUCUUGAGUGAAUGAGCGUUCUGUUCUGUAAAUAUCACGUUUUGAAAAGAAGUUUAUAAUCAUUCAAAAGUUUUCCAAUUUUAAAAUUAUUUAUAUAAAUAUUGAAAGUGUUGAGAUGCUGCCUAUUAAUCAGGUAAUCCUUUUAAGUUCUUGCAGUGAACUGAUUGUGUUUGUUGUGUUGAUCGAACAAAACAAGACAUUUAAGGACGUCACUUUGGGAUUCAGGAACAUUUUUUCAUUUAUUUAAUUCUUAAAACACAAACUAAUCAAAUGGAGAUGAAAAAAUCCUGCAGAUUAAAGCGUCUAAUUUAUCCAACAGAAGGUUGACUGAAUCUGAAAUGAAACUUUCCACUGAGCUCUGUUUCUGCUGUUUAUAUGUCAAUAGUGAACCGGUCAAAAAUAUUUAAUAUAUAAUGGUUAUUAGUUGUGUAAAAGGCAAAAACACUGUAUUAGUCACUUCAAGUUGAUGUGUCAUUCUUGGUUAAUAAAACUAAUCA